GGAAGACGUGGUCGAUCCCCGUAGGAAGAAGAUCACCACUGCCGACGUCCCAGAUUACUUCGCCGACAACGCCGACAACUGGGUGUUCGCGUUUCGCGACCGCCUCGUAGACCGUCUCGUGCGGUUUGGCAUCCCGAAGAAGCUCACACGGCCCCUGCUCAAAGCAUAUACCGAUGCUUUAGAGGAUGGUGUGGUCUUCAGCGACCUGAACUAUGGUGAGGAGCAGCUCGAGCGUGUCGCGUACGACGUCUCCACGGGUUCUUUGCGGCCCAUGGACCAGCACUACACGAAGAUCCUCUUCGAGUGGGCCAACCAUCCCGAGGGUCAAGCGGCAUUGUUAAAGGUCAUCCCACAAGAGAUCGUCUCGCGUAUGCAGGCCCUCUUCCGUGCCGCCGACCUGUCGCACAACACCUGGGAAUACCCAUUGACGCGACGGUCUCGUCCGCGGAAGUUCAUCAUGCACGUCGGGCCAACGAACAGCGGGAAGACCCACAAUGCGCUUCGCGCUCUCGCGGCGGCGAAGCGGGGCAUCUACGCGGGCCCCCUGCGUCUUCUGGCGUACGAGAUCUUCGACCGCCUCAACAAGGGCCAGAUCGUUCCCCUGGGCAUGGAGCCGGAUCCCGAAGACGAGCCCGACUCGCAGAGCAACAUCGAUCUCGGGGAGGCCGCCGUCACUGGGCAGAGCGUCAUCGUGACGAAGUCGGGGAACCCCAAGUACGCGCGGCCGUGCAACAUGGUCACGGGCGAGGAGCAGAAGAUUGUCAGCGACAAUGCGCCGCUACUCAGCUGCACCGUCGAGAUGACGCCUCAUCUCGACACCUGGGACGUGGCCGUCAUCGACGAGAUUCAGCUCAUUGCGGACAAGAAUCGCGGAGGCGCAUGGACGUCGGCGGUGCUCGGCAUCAACGCGGCAGAGAUUCAUCUGUGCGGCGAGGAGUCUGCUAUCCCAGUCAUCGAGGCCAUAAUUCGCGACCUCGGCGACACGCUUGAGAUCAACCGGUACGAGCGCUUGACACCUCUCGUCGUCGCGGAGGAGAGUUUGGGCGGAGACCUCAGCAAAGUCCAGAAGGGAGACUGCGCCGUUGCGUUUUCGCGGACCGGCAUCUUCGGAAUGAAGAGUCGUAUCGAGGAGGAGAACAAGAUGCGUUGUGCGCUUGCGUAUGGACGUCUGCCUCCGGAAAUCCGUGCUGAACAAGCCGCUCUCUUCAACGACCCAAAAAGUGACUACGACGUGCUGGUCGGCAGCGACGCAAUUGGAAUGGGUCUCAACCUCAAAAUCAAACGCGUCAUCUUCGAGGCUGUCGCCAAAUUCGACGGUGGCCGUUCUCGCGUCAUGUCCAGCUCUCAGAUCAAACAGAUAGCAGGUCGCGCCGGACGCUUUGGCAUGCACGGCGACGAUACCCCAGGCGGCGUUGUCACCACCCUUCACGCUGGAGACCUUGAGAUCGUCCGCAAGGCCCUCGCUGCCCCCUACGAACCCAUCCGCUACGCGCGUAUUAGCAUGGGUCUCCCGGAUUUCUUGCGGGUCGUCCGCGCCCUCCCUCCAGGCUUCUCCCAGAUGACCGUGGCCGACGUGUUCGUGUACGUCUCAAAACUGCACCCGCGGAUGGAGUACCACGCCGUGAACGAGCUGGAGACGUGCUUCAAGUUCAUCGACCAGUUCAUCGACUGCCUCACGCUCGAGAACCGUCUGUUGGCUCAGAACGCCCCCUGCCCGUGGCGCGACGACAAUGCCGUCCGUGGAGCGCAAGCGAUCAUGGAGCUGCACCGCGAGCACUUCAGAGUGUCCCUCGAGGGUGCACUGCAACGUGCCGGAAUCCUCAAAAACAUCAAUAACGCCCUGGUGAUGAUGGAAAACGACUCGCUCAAGUGCGACUCGAAGCAGAUCGUGGCCGCGCUGGCGAAGCUGGAGACCGUGCACAAGGUUAUCGUGCUGUACUUGUGGUACAGCUACCGCUUCUCGGUCGCGUUCCCCGACCAGGCGAUGGCGUUCGAGCUCCGCCGCCUCACGGAGCUGGCGAUGGACUGGUGCUUAGAGGUCCUCCACCAGAUGAGGAUCAAUGCGCCGAACCCUGCUGUAGCGGCGCGGAAGAGCGUGCUUGAGCGCCGCUCGACCACAGGGGACGAAAUUGCCACUAAAAGGGAGUCCCGGAGGCACGAAAAGUUGCUCAAUGUCGAUGGGCUAUGGCAGAACAUCGUCGUGCGGUGAUUGCUCCGAGUCUCAGUCUCGCUCGAACGAGUACGAGAGGGAGAGAGAGUCACGUGUGGCCAUAUUUGCCCUUCUUUGGUCGGCUGUCGAACCAAGUUCAAGUACUCGCGAUCGGCGGGCAGCCGUCCUCCUUCCAACCACACGCUUGCCCUCUGCCUCCCUUCCCGCUCAGCUUCGCCAUCACGUCUCCCUGCGCUAGGCUGGUCCUCCCACACUCCGUCUUGACGACUUUACGACCCACAUCACUAAUCUUAUAAUGUUACUCUCCUACAUAAUCCUCGCGCUCACCGCCUCGUUCACCCCAGCAGUGUUAGCUCGCCCCGCUGAACUGCUGGAAGACAUGGUGCCCUCCACCAACGAAAUUGGGCCUAACCUUCUCCUCGGGCGGCACUACUCAGUCCAGGACCGCCGCCAAGAUCUCUCGCCCGACCUUCUAACAGCAACGCGUCCGGACACGUCCUCCGCCAACACGGCCCGUCGCAUGGUGCCGUACGCGAAGUUCCUCGCAGACCGCUCGGACGAACCCUGGCUCCGCAUGCGCGAACGGCGGUCGGACGACGCGGACGAGAACGUGAACUACCUCUCGAACGUCGGCACCUACUCGGCUCCGAAGCCGUUCGUUCCCCCCGCCCCGCCUGCGCCCGUUCCGCCUCCUGCCGUCACCGUCCGCCCACCCCCCACUGUGACGCCGCCGGUCCUCCCGAGCGCGGCUACGACCAAGGUGGCGGGCGCCAAGCCCACGCUGGACACGUCGAAGAAGCAUACGUCCAAGACGAAGAUGGCGAAGGUGUCGAAGAAGGUGCACAAGGCGGCGAGGGCGGAUUAGAGUCUGGCGUGUACUCGGCCGUACGGUCGCGUCACGGACAUCGCAUAGAUCCCCACCACUACUCUACUAUAAUACCAUUGUAUCAAUAGACGGAUAUCCU